UUCAGAAAGAUUUUAGCGCUUGGUGAGUUAUGACGUGUUUACGAUUGUGUUUGAGAAGUAGAUAUUUCACUGAAGGCUAGCAAAAAUUGGAUUUCAGGCAAUUUUCCUCCAUCUUGCCCCAGUCUCAUUUAUCGUUUUUACCAUUAUUUCGAGUGAAUCGGCCAUCGAACAAAGUUAAUUCGCGUUUAUUUCGUGGUUUCUCGCAGAUCUACCACAACGGCACGGGGUAAAAAUCAUGAUUAUGAUUUUUCAUGGAAAUCAGUAAUUUUCAUAUGUCGCAGUGGUCAUCGUCGACGCCGCCAUCUUAGAAACCAUGCCUUGCGGAGAAGAACAUUCGAGAAAAUUCCACUUUUACGUUGUGGUGGCAGCCAAGUAAAAUAAAAUAAAGGCUGCGAAAAUUGGUAAAACGGACAUAUAGAAUACAUUAUGGACUGUUAAUCGUAGUUCGGGAAAAAUCUAAUUUAUUAGUGGACGGCAGGAGAUUUCUAAGGAUUUCGAUUUUGAGAAUCGAAAAAAAGACGCAAACAUACUGCGGAGAAAAAUCGCGAAGAAAAUACGUGGUGAACAGGAAGCAGAAGUGACAGCUCUUCGAGGCGAUUGACACUAGAUUGCAUACAAGUUACUGAAAUAAAGCUGUAACAUUUGUAAGGGUUCCUGAUUUUUGCUCUGGAUAAAAAUGCCACGGAUAGACCCUUUGAAACUUUUGGUGUGCCUUAGUGUGCUAUUGGCCCCAAACGGUGGUAUUCGGAGUGCCAAUGAAGUUAAACGGCUUGCUAAUUUGAUGGCCAAGUUCUCCAAAAAACUCGUGUCCAAGUGUAUUUACAUACAAAUUCUAAAAUGCACUGAAACAGAACUGCUGGGACAGUUUAUGGCGGCCGGUGGGUGGUCCUUGGUGCACAUGUGGCUUGCCGAUGGGAUCACUACCAAGAAUUGGCCAUUGAUACAAGAACUGUUGGAGCUGCUGCUGUGCUGUCCAGUGGAUGUCGAACGGCUGAAGAGCAACACCGCUCCCAAGCUGGUCAAAACUUUAUCCAAAGAUAGCACACAUGAGGGAGUUCGUCUACUUGCAUCCAAGCUUGUUGAACAAUGGCUCAAGAUAGCACGUAAUGAUAUUCGUUCAGGCCAACAACAAUCACAAUCAUCUUCUCAAUCGACGUUGGCAACACCAUCAUCCAGUUUGGACGAUUCGUCUACGAAUCCGGAUAAGCAACAUGAAGAGCAAGAUGCAUUGCAGGACGUACAAACAGAGGUUGUCAAUGCACCCCACGAAGAGGUAUUGGAUGAGACUAUUGUCGAAGAUGAACAAGAGGUCUUACCGGAAACCGAUCCGUUGGGAACUUCUAGUGCGGAAACCAUUGAAAAUGGAUCAAUUGAAGAGGAUUCGGAGGAAAAACAAGACGAAGAAGAUGUAGCAGAAACGAAGAAAGCUUUCAGCGAUGCAGUAGCAGAGAGCAACGACAAGAAGACUCCACUGUUAUUCAAAAUUACAAUGAAAAAUGGCAAACAAGUGUUGGCAAAGGUCGAAUCCCCGACUAAGAAAAAUGAUGCAUCUGUGAGGGACGAUGAAGAUGAGGUAGAGAAGGACGAAGAGGAUGAUAACAAAGAUGAUGUUAAAGAAGAUAACAAGAUGGAAACAGUUGAAGAAAAAAAUGUGCCGGAAGUUGAGCUAACGGACUCUGCGGAAUCGGUGAACAAAAGUGAUUUAGAUAACUCUAUGAAGGAUGAGAAGAAAGAAAGUGAAGUGGAUGUUGAAAAGAGUAAAGAUAGAAGGAAAAGUGACGAAAAAGAGCGAAGUAAAGAUUGUAGAGAUAAGGGUUCCUCUAAGGAUAAAGAUAAACAUCGGGAUAAGGAUAGGGACAAGAAAUCUAGCAGUAGUAGCCAUAGGUCGUCAUCGUCUAAGUCUUCUUCGUCUUCUUCAUCUUCGAAGCAUAACAGUAGCAGUAGUAAAAGCAAAUCCUCAAGUUCAAGUUCUAGUAGCAAGAGUUCAACUUCCAACUCCAGCUCCCGAGACAAGGAAAAGGAUAGACACAACAGCAGCAACAGCAGUAGUAGCAGCAGCAGCAAGCAUCAUCACAAAAGUUCAUCGUCCUCAAAAUCAUCCAGCAGCUCUAAAAGCAGCAGCAGUAGUUCGAGUGAUAAACAUCGCGAACAUAAAGACAAAUCUAGUCAUUCCAGCAAAGAUAAGGAUUCGAAGCUGUCUUCUCCGUCGAGUAGUAAGGUGGAUAAAUCAUCUAAAAAAUCAAAAGAUGCAUCUGAUGAGCGGCUAGCAGGUGCUUCAGAGGAUAUCAAGGCCUCGCCAGGAAACACUAAGAAGGCUUCAAUUUCGAUCGAAGUUCGCAACGCUGAGCAUCGUCCGAAGACGGUGAAAACAUUCAACUCACAGUUCCGAUCCCAUGGCCUGAUUGAGGAAGCUCCUCCGCCGCCGUCAAGAAAGGGUUUGAAAAAACCAUCGACAACGCCAGCGGUGAUAGGUUCAACCGCUACCGGAACAGUUCAUCAAAACAAGCGACCAUCGCCGCCCCCAUCUUCCAAGGAGGGACCUCCAGAGAAGAAGGCUCGCGAGGAGCCUGCCGAUCGUCCUGGUGCAAUAAAAUUGAUUCCACCGAAAAGGCAACCAUCCCUUAUAGAGUCGGAUAUGUUCAUGGAUGCGCUAUCCGCUACGCUCAAAAAAGAUGUAAAGAAACGCAAACGGAAACUUAGUGGGUCGGAUCAGGGCAAACAUCACGAUCCCAAAUCUCCUGCUACACCAACCACCCCAACUACACCGACAACCCCUACCCCCGACAAAACACCGAUCAUUGCUAAGGCAGCAUCACCGGAAAAGUCCAUUCUCCCGUCACCGCCAACAAGUCCAAAAGCAGAAAACCAGUCCGCCACAACACAAGAUGUGCCGGUUGCAGCCGCACCCACCUCACCAGUUCCAGCAGAGCCUAGCUCACCGUCGAAGGUAGUUGUGGCGCCAAUGUCAUUCUACCGCGACACGCUCGCGGACACUGAAGACGUAGCCGAGGUCAAAAAAGAACUUCCGGAAGAAAAGAAGGAAACAGAAGAAGUAACAGCGCCUCAGGAAGGUGAGGAAAUAAAAUCCGAAUCUAUUCCGGAGACGCCGGCUGAACCGGACGAUGAUGACGAAGACGACAUCAUUAAGAGACCGAAACGAUUAAAAUGUGCGAUCAUUGACGACGAUGAAGGUGACGAUAAAACUAAUCUGGUCGAUUCCGUUAGCGAUGAUGUAGCGAAGAAGAUGGAAGAGGAACUUCCAGAGAAAAAGCUUCCUGGUCCAGGUUGUGGGCCGAACGGUCCACCAGGAGUAUUGGUGAUCCAUCGACGCAAGGGUCCGAAAAAGCAGUUGAAGUGGAAAGCUCAGGAAGAACUUGAGGAAGUUCGAUACUUUGAACUCGACGUUACCGAACGAUGCAACGUGACCAGAACCUUCACUGAUCUUAAACACAUGGAACGUGUCGAUGAACGAAACAAGUACAUGCUGGCUAGGAAGGUGAACACCGACGAUAUGAUGAUGGAACGAACACCCUGGUUACCGCUGAUUGUCAUCGAUAACGUUCCGCCCCAUCCCGAAGGUGUCAACAGUCAAGAGAGACGCCUCCAGCAGAAUCGUGAACGAACUGUCCUGCAAGCUUUGUAUUUCAAUCGGCAUAUGAUCCCCGACUCCCCUGCCGAACCGGACGUCGAAGUGUACUCGAUCUCCGAACCCACUCAUAUCCCUAUGGACGAUGUUACCGGUAAUCCAGAUUCGGUAAACGAUUUCACCAAUAUGCCUUGGCCGGAACCGAAGUCUACUCCCCCUCACGAGUCUGCCGGGUUCAAUUCCCCAUUCUUCCCCGGCGCAGCAAACGAUUUCCCAUCGUUUAUGAACAACAGUAACUGGGAUCUGCCUGGCAUGAAUCCCGGUUCGCUGCCAGGCAUGUUCCCGCCAGGCAGGAUGGGCCAAGGAAUGCCACCAAUGGGCGGAAACAACGGUCCCCCCGGUGGAGCUCCUCCAAUGAUGCGACAGAUGAAUAUAAACCAUAAUAUGCCACCGAACAUGGGAGGGCCAAAUAUGGGAAACCCGCACCCGAACAUGUUCCAAAACAACUUUGUUCGGGGACCCCAUCCGAUGCAGCACAUAAAUGAUCGAGAAGAUGAGAACUUCCGAAAUGGUCCUCCACCUCCACCUGCGUGGUUCGGCGGCAACAACAACAACAAUGGUGGAAACAACCGUGUCCCACCACCCCAUCAAGGUAACUUCAACAACCGCAGUGGCAGUGGUGCUGGCAGCGGUGGUAACGUGGAUCGAUUCGGUGGAAACCGAAGAGAUGGUGGCAACUGGAAUAAUAAUCGUGACCAUGAUCGAGGUGGACCGCGCGGUGGCAACUAUCGACCUCCGUGGUUGAACAACAAUCGUGGUAAUCAAAACAACCAUCGUGGCGGAGGCCGGAAAUGGUAGAAUCAACAAACCCCAAGUGAUAGUGUAUGAUAAUAGUGUAGCAAAACAAAACAAUUGAAUUAUGAGCUUGUUUUAAAGCACAUACCUUUCUCUAGACUGGUAACUAGACACAUCGACAGAACUAUAAGGCAGGAUUCGAUUUAACAGCAUUUUAUUCUUAUGUACGAUUAAGUCUGAAAAGCUACUUGUGUAAACCUAGAAGGUACAAAUCAGUUACGCAAGCCUGAUAGUUGUAAUUCUUUGUAAUAUAAUUUUUUUCUUUAGGUUUAUAAGGGUUUCAUAUGAAUGAUUCAAUAAACGUUUAGGAUUAUUUCAGAAGUGUAAAUAAAAUGCGUAAGAAAUAUUAUGAAUUUGUUGUAUGUCUAUUGUUUGUUUAUAAUAUAAGUAAUGACAUUUGAAAAACAAAA